AAUGCGGUGUAAAGUCCUCCUCUACUUCUACCUUCUGACUGUCAUAAAGCAUGUGUCUCCAGCUGAAGUGAAGGCCAGCCCCAAUUCGAGAGCAGUCCUCCCCUGCAGUGUCACAUUCCCUCCCUCUGCAGAGGGGGAUGAAGUAAACCAGUCUCUCAUCGAGGUCCACUGGAUGACUAAUGGCUCUGACAUUGCAUCAUUUGGAAAGGCAGCGGCGUACAUAAAAGAUGGUUUCAGCUGGGACACCAGUCAGUUUGUGAACGGGAGCUUCUCACUGACUGUCCUCAAAGCCGGCCUCAGCCUGCAGGGAGUGUAUGAAUGCACAGUCAGCUACAAUUCCACCAGGCUGCCCUCCAGUAACGUCACUUUUAGCAUCCUGGCUUCUCCCACUCUCCUGAUCCCUCAGCAGUGGGUGGUGUUGGAGAGAGAGAGCCGGCUUGAGUGUCAUGCAGUGGGUUUCUACCCUCCUCCCGUCUCCUUUUCCUGGAUCAGAGAUGGGGAGAUGAUUGGGCCUCUCCACCAGGUUGAAGGUGACCAGACCCCAGAUGGGUACUACAGGGCUGUGGACAACCUGACCAUCUACCCCUCCCAGGAGGAUCAGAACGUGACCUUUGGCUGCAAAGUCACACACGACGGCAGUCAUCAAGUGCUGGAGUUCAAACUCAACAUCACUUAUCUCCCUAGUGUCACACUUUCUGUCGUGCCCUCGGCCUCCCGCAGCGCUCCCCUCACUCUGUACUGUGACGUCGAAGGUUUCUACCCCGAGGAGGUGUCCGUGUCCUGGCUUCAAAAUGGCACAGUCCUCCCUGAGCCCCCGGGGGCCGAGCAGGGCCCCGACGGGACCUACACAACUAGACGCUAUUAUACUUUGAGCCAGGAGCAGAGGGAGCAGGCUGGGGAGGUGGGGUGUGUGGUCAACCAGCCCGGUGUAACACACCCGGUCAGGGGCUCAGCCAGCCUGGAGCAACUGGACCCCCCAGAUAAGGAUCCGGUGCUGACUAAAUCAGCGAAAGCCUCUGUUGCCCUGAUGUGUAUCUCUCUGGUGUUGGUCUUCCUGCUCUGCAUCGGUUUUUCAUGGAGAAGAAGGGAUGAAAAACAGAAGUCUCUGAGUGUGUCAGGGAUCAUCCUCCCACCGCGGGUGGUUGUCGGCCAGAAGGGCCGGGUGACGCUGAGCAUCGAGGGCAGGAGGGUGGACCGUGUCCAGACCGCCUGGUUCCUCAAUGACACCCCAAUCUCCGACACCUCGCUCACAGUGUCGGAGAAAGGUCCUCUCCUGCCCUCCAGAGGCCAGUUGGGCUACUACAAGCUGCACACCCAGGGGCCACUUCUCUCAUCAGGAACCGGCACGCAGCAGCUGCUCUCCUCGCUCACAUUCAUCCCCCAGAUCUCAAUUCACAAGGGGGCAGUGUUUAAGUGUCAGGUGUCCUAUGUAGGCAAGGACAAGGUAGUGGUGGAGAGGGUGUCUGAGAAGUUUACAAUUCUUGCUGCACCAGAAGUGUCUGAAAUUCAGCUGGCAGAAACAGUAGAUGACUCAGAUAUCAUCUCCUUGACAGUCCAGGCCUCCCAUUUCCACCCAGAUGUCAUCACCUUCCGCUGGUUCUGCCAGGGGGGUGAACUGAGUCCCGUGGCCUCCCAGGCCCUGUCCUCCCCUCGACCGGAUGCCGAGGGCUUCUUCUCGGCCUCCAGUCAGUGCAAACUGCCCCGCAGCGAGCUGGAGAAGGGAGGCACCAAAGUGUGGGUCAGCGUCCAUCAUGUCGCCCUUAAACAGCCGGUCAGCCGCGAGACCAGAGGUUUCAUCAAGAGGCCGUGUGUGUCAGACAUCAUCAGCUCUGCUCCCGCCCCAGAUCAGACUCUGACGCUGGGGUGUGACAUCACAGGUUUCUACCCUCCCAACAUAUCAGUCACCUGGCUGAGGCUGAGAGACGGAGAGCAAGAUGACCGAGAGGAGGAGGUGCUAGAUGGAGGAGAGGUGUGGGGUCCCAUACAGACGCACCCCAGACUGUACCGGGCCACGGCCACACUUAAGAGAAAAGGAGCAAAUCAGGAGAAAAAAGCGAGGGGAGGAGGGAUUGUGUGUAGAGUGGAGCACUGCUCUUUACGCGAACCCAUUGAGAGACUCUGGAAAAGUACUGAUAUUGGUGCUCCAUCUAUUCCUCCAUCUCUCUCGGUCUGUUGGAGCAGUGAGGGGGUCGGCGUGUUCUCCCUCCUGCUGAAAGGGGGUCACCCAAGGGCUAAAUUACUCUGGGCAGCAGGUGGGCCCACCCUCUCGCCGCUGGUGUCCAGUGAGACAGAGGAGAUAGGAGAUGAUGGACAGAGGGAGCUGAAGAGCGUGUGCGCCCUGGAGAGGUCAACAAGCCGGCCGAGUCGGACGGAGACACAGCCGGAGAGACGAAGGAACGGACAUGCAAUCAAGACAAAAGCUGCCGUCACAGACCCUGACGUGGAAGGAAUAGAGUACAUCGAUGAGAAGGUGGACGGGGAGAAUAACAACAUCGAGAGGGAGGAGGAAACAAAGACAGAGGUGGAAGACGAGAGUGAUGAAGAAACAGAGGCGGUACCAGGCGCACUGCACAUAAACAGAGUCAACUUGAGGAGGGGUCCCAGAGGAGACGAGAGAGCGCGGCUGAGAGUGUGUGUGGAGAUCACACACCCUGCACUCAAGCUGCCUGUUUACCGCACAUGGACAGAGCCCAUCGAGGAGGUGUCAUCUUCUGCAUGAACAUCCACAUGCCUGCAACAGUGCCUUACUUUGUCAUUUUGUCUGCAGCAGAUACAAUUAAGUACUUGACAUAGGAUUUCAAACUGUCUUUUAUGUGAUCAAAAUAUGUGGUUUUUGGUGUCAGCAUUUUUUUGUCUUUAUUUAUUACUUCAUAUUCUUAAUCUGUCACCCAUACUGUCUCCUCCAGCUUCGAUUUUUAUAAAUGCAUUCAUAUUUUUUUUUUUUUUUUUGUACAAAAGAUGUUUUAAAUCUAAUCCUGUGGGUGUUUCAGACUGUAUUUUGACAAUAAAAUUCUGAUCAGCUUUU